AUGCAGUGCUACACAGAGUUAUUACCCCCCACGGGGGUCACACAUGCUUUGGCAGUUCCUUUCACCUCAGCCACUGCCAGCAAUUUGAUUGUUAUCAGAACCUCUCUAUUGCAAGUUUUCUCUCUCAUUAGGGUGGUCUCCUCUCAACCACAGAAGGAAGGUUCAGAGCCCCAUUCUUUGCAAUUUUCUCAACCAAAAACGAAAUUAGUACUGGAAAAGGAAUACCCGCUAUCCGGAACCGUGACUGAUUUAAGCCGAGUCAAAAUCUUGAACACCAAGAGUGGUGGAGAAGCCAUCUUGAUUGCAGUCCGCAAUGCCAAGCUCAGCUUGAUUGAGUGGGACCCUGAGCGUCAUGGAAUCUCAACAAUUUCCAUCCAUUACUACGAGCGGGAUGACCUGACCCGCAGCCCCUGGGUGCCUGACCUGAGCCGGUGUGGGAGCAUUCUGAGUGUUGACCCAAGCAGUAGAUGCGCGGUUUACAACUUUGGAAUUCGCAACCUUGCGAUUUUGCCCUUUCAUCAGGCAGGUGAUGACUUGGUGAUGGAUGACUACGAUUCGGAGCUUGAUGGAGAACGCCCAAAUCAGAACUCUGGUGGAGGAGCACAGAUUGAGAAUAGCAAAGAAGGACCAAUACACCAAACACCCUACUCCUCGUCUUUCGUCCUGCCAUUGACUGCCUUGGAUCCUUCAUUGCUACACCCCAUAAGUCUUGCGUUCUUAUACGAAUACAGAGAGCCGACGUUUGGAAUUUUAUAUUCUCAAGUCGCAACCUCUACUGCCCUUCUCCAUGAAAGAAAGGACGUCGUAUUCUACGCCGUGUUUACACUGGAUCUUGAGCAGCGAGCUUCUACCACCCUCCUUUCGGUAUCUCGUCUUCCUAGUGAUCUGUUCAAAGUUGUGGCACUCCCACUUCCAGUAGGAGGUGCCUUGCUUCUUGGUUCCAAUGAAAUUGUUCAUGUGGACCAAGCCGGUAAAACCAAUGCCGUGGGAGUUAAUGAGUUUUCAAGGCAGGUUUCUUCAUUUUCAAUGACCGACCAAUCGGACUUGGCGUUCCGCCUCGAAGGCUGCGUGGUUGAACGACUUGGUGGUGAUAGCGGCGACCUACUCCUAGCGCUUGCAUCCGGCGACAUGGCAUUGAUCAAAUUCAAACUUGAUGGUCGGUCUGUCUCCGGUAUCACUGUUCACUCCCUUCCGGCGCAUGCAGGUGGAGAUAUUUUGAAGUCGGCCGCCUCCUGCUCCACUUGUCUCGGAGAUGGAAACGUCUUCAUCGGCAGCGAGGAUGCCGACUCGGUGCUCCUAGAAUGGUCGCAUUCAUCCGCCUCUACUAAAAAAGCUCGGCUUGAGUCUAAACAAACAGCGGAUGGUCUGGAUGGUCUGGAUGGUCUGUCAGAUGAUGAUGACCAGAUGGAGGAUGAUGACCUUUAUUCCUCGGCGCCUGGGCCGACACAAGUCGAUAAUCGCAUGGGAACCGACAACUCAACCCCCGAAUUUUAUCACUUUCGACUGAACGAUCAACUUCCUAGCAUUGGUCCAUUGAGGGACAUCACUUUGGGCAAAGCUUCGGAUACGAAUCGCAUAAGCCAAGCUACAAGUGAAACUGGUGCGAUAGAACUGGAGUUGGUGGCAUCUCAGGGCUCAGGCAGAGGCGGUGGCUUGGUAGUCAUCAAGCGCGAAAUUGAUCCUUUGACUACUAUGUCUCUGGAAGUCGAUGACGCGGAUGACAACCCCUCUCGUCAAUAUGUGGUUAUCUCUCGGUCUACGGAUUCGGAGCAGGAAGUGAACGAGGUCUGCGUCGUGGAAGAACAAAGCCUAAACCCCUUCAAAGCACCAGAGUUCAACCCAAAUGAAGAUUGCACGGUUGAUAUUGGAUCUUUGGCAGGCGAGACUCGUCUAGUUCAGGUUCUGCGGAAUGAAGUCAGAAGUUACGACAUAGACCUGGGAUUGUCACAGAUUUACCCUGUUUGGGAUGAAGACACCAGUGAUGAGCGCGUGGCUGUGAGCGCCAGCUUUAUUGAUCCUUAUCUUGUGAUUAUUCGGGAUGAUUCAUCAGUAUUGCUUCUGCAGGCGGAUGAAAGUGGUGACCUCGAUGAAGUUCCACUUUCAAAUGAGAUCAGCUCGUCACAAUGGCGCUCCGGGUGCCUUUAUCACGAUAAUUCACAGUCAUUCAGCGUUGCAGGCUCAUCGUCGAAGGACACUUCAGAAGGCGAGGUGCUUCUAUUCCUAUUGAACUUGGAGUAUAAGCUAUCGAUCUUCCGACUUUCUGACAUGAAGUUGAUCGCGAUCAUUGAAGGUGUCGACUGCUUGCCACCCGUAUUGUCGACCGAGCUGCCCAAACGAUCUAAUAACCGGGAGACACUGACAGAAUUUGUCGUUGCCAAUCUUGGUGAUAGUUCUGGCCUUUCUCCUUAUCUGAUUAGCUGUAUCCGGGCUUGUCAACUACCUUCUCAAACUCAAUUUGACCAUUCGUGGACAUUGCGUAAAGUUCCAAUUGAAGAGCAAGUCGAUUUCUUGGCCUACUCGACAUCUUCUGAGACGUAUGUUCUCGGCACAAGCCACCAAGGUGACUUCAAGUUGCCGGAGGGUGAUGAUCUGCACCCUGAGUGGCGGAAUGAAGAGCUAUCCUUUUGUCCGAAAAUCCCCGAAAGCAGCAUCAAGGUCGUCAGUCCAAAGACAUGGACCAUUGUUGACAGUUACCCUCUGGAUCCCGAUGAGCAGGUGACAGCGGUUAAGAACGUGAACAUUGAGGUUUCGGAGAAUACACACGAGCGGAGGGAUCUAAUCGUGGUCGGAACCGCCAUCGCUAAGGGGGAAGAUAUGCCAGCUCGCGGGACGAUCUAUGUCUUUGAUGUGAUCAAAGUGGCCCCAGAUCCCGAAAAGCCGGAGACAGGCCGCAAACUCAAACUGAUUGGCAAGGAGUCAGUGAAGGGUGCAGUGACCGCGCUGUCUGGCAUCGGUGGCCAAGGGUUCAUCAUCGUAGCCCAGGGACAGAAGUGCAUGGUCCGAGGUCUCAAGGAAGAUGGGAGCCUUCUUCCCGUUGCAUUUAUGGACAUGCAAUGCUACGUCAAUGUCGCCAAAGAGCUCAAGGGCACCGGCAUGGUUAUCCUAGGAGAUGCCGUGAAGGGACUCUGGUUCGCCGGCUACUCAGAGGAGCCAUAUAGAAUGACACUCUUCGGCAAAGACCCCGAGUACCUGGAGGUGGUGGCAGCCGACUUCCUCCCGGACGGGAACAAGCUGUACAUGCUAGUCGCUGACAGCGACUGCAACCUGCACGUCCUGCAAUACGACCCGGAAGACCCCAAAUCCUCCAACGGCGAUCGACUCCUCAGCCGAAGCAAAUUCUACACCGGCAACUUCGCAUCAUCAGUCACUCUGCUGCCUCGCACAGCAGUUUCAUCGGAGUUCCCCGAGUCAUCCGAAGAAGCAAUGGACGUGGAUGAGACCUUCGCCAAACACCAGGUUCUCAUUGCUUCGCAAAAUGGAUCUUUGGCGCUUGUGACGUCGGUUGCUGAGGAGUCAUACCGUCGACUAUCAGCACUACAGUCUCAGUUGAUCAACACCGUCGACCAUCCUGCCGGUCUGAAUGCGCGUGCUUUCCGGGCUAUCGAAAGCGACGGGGCUGCUGGUCGUGGUAUGGUCGAUGGCAAUCUAUUGCGUUUAUGGCUGAAUAUGGGCAAGCAGCGGCAAGCUGAGAUUGCAGGCCGGGUUGGCGCGACGGAGUGGGAGAUCAAGGCUGAUCUGGAGACUAUUGGCGGUGAUGGACUCGGAUAUCUAUGA